CAGGGGCCGCCCGAGAUGUCCCCGUUUGGCGAAAGUCCGGUGUUUGUAUCAGUGCGUAGCAGUCGCUGUGGAACUGCAUGAAGACGGAGCUGUGGUGCUUGUUGUCAUCUCCCCGAGCCUUCAGAGUAUCAGGCCGCGCAGUUUGGAAGGACGGCGCCCUGUGAAUCCUCCCCGAUUCCUUCCCUUUCUUUCCGCUCCAUCUCGCCUGUGGGUGGCUGCCCUCGGGCACGACCUGGGGUCUUUGAAAAGCCUUCGUUCCGUCGUUAGAGCGGGCGUCCCCCCAAAGUGGGCCGAUCUUAGAAAACCCCAGGGCGGGCCGUGGUUGUCGACGACUCGCUUCUCGCCUCGUGCCCGCUGUAGAGAGGAAGGGGCUGAGAGUUGAAGCCUGAGCACCUUAGUUCUAGCCUGCGUGUUGCCCUUAGGUAGCAGGUUUUCAAGACCUCAGAGCCUGUUUCCCCGCUUGAAAAAUUGUGAAACCCACCUUACCUCUCUCCUGCAGCGUUAGGUACUGCCCUCUGCGGGCUUCCGUAGUGUCCUUUACAUGCUUAGGGUACCCAUCACCCUGUUUAGAGUCUGUCUCCCCCUCCAAACUGUCCUGGGAGAAGUCUGUCAUCAUUCACGGGGUCUGUGACAUGCCUAGCACAAGGCUUAAUUCAGGUUUGUUGUAUGACCUAGAAAACCUUCCACAGGAAUCUGGGGGCGAGAGCUGCUCAUGGGCCUUGUUGCUUCUGGAGGGCUCUUGAGUGAACAGCAGAAGCAACCUUGCAUUAGAAAAAAAAGUUGGGCUCUACUUGGUUCUUUAGGUGGCGUUUUAGUUUGAUCAUCAAGAAGCCUUACCAAUACACAUAGACAGCAAAGCUUAUGCUCAUUUAGGUCUAAGUAACAGGAACACAGACCUGUGAUCCCCAUCAAACCAGAGCUACGCAUUACUGAACAUUUGUGAGUUACUCUGCUUUGUGCUGCACAAGCAAUAUCAUGUUAAACAUAAAUUAAUCCUAUAAAUUGGAUAGUAUUGUCAGACGGGGAAAUUGAGUCACCUAGUUAAGUAACUUGCCUGGUAACUAGGCCCAGGUUUCAACUCAAGUCCGUUUGACUUCAGAUACUUAACUAUUCUGUGAUUAAAUCUGCAUUUAGUUUCUAGAUCAAAACAAUUUGCUUUAUUCCCCUGUUUUACUGGGGAGGUCCUCACUAGGAGUAGACUAAUCAGAACUGUUGGCACGUCAUACAACCCUCUGAAAUGUAUUUUCUCCCGCUAUAUACACCAGCCCCAUCGCCCCAAACUUUAUGCUCCUUGUUCCUUUGGUAUCAGGAUCUUUAUAUUGAUCAGUUCUGUCAUAAUAUACUUUCUUCCUUAUACUCUUCUAUUGUGACUGUUCAAAUAAUUUACUACUUGUAUUAGACUUACUAUGUGCUUUAAAACAGGAUCUCUAAAAUGGUAAGUUACUUAGGGAAUAAAUGAAUGAAUUGCUAAUUAAAGCAAGUGUGUGAAUCAGAACUCAAAUGAAAAACAGCUUUGAAAAAAGUUUCAGGAACAGUGGAUUGAAGAGACAGGGAAGAGCAAUUAGGAAUCAGGUGGCAGUUAGACCCCUGUAGGUAGGUAGAUCUCCUGCCCUCCUUCAAUUAGGUUAAUAGGCAGCAGCUCCCAUCAGAAUCGGAAAUAAAUGGAGAGCUAGGGAUGGACCUUGACCAACUUGAUUAGGAGAAAGAAGGGGUGGAUGAAGGUGAAGGCAAAACAAGGACACAAACGAACUGCACCAGGAUGUUACGCUGUGCCUGGGCGCCAGGUGAGCGGAUGGAGCGAUUUGUCCGCGUUCCCUAUGGCUUGUACCAGGGCUAUGGGAACACACUACCUCUGGGCCAGCCUGGACACUCUGAGCACAAACAGUCCAACUGGAGGCAGAACGCUGGACCCCCGACUUUCCUGGCCAGGCCAGGGCUGCUGGUGCCUGCAAAUACCUUGGACUACUGCAUGGACCCUUACAAGAGGGCGCAGCUUAAGGCCAUUCUCUCCCAGAUGAACCCCAGUCUGCGCCUGCGGCUGUGCAAGGCCAACACCAGGGAGGUAGGCGUGCAGGUGAGCCCGCGUGUGGACAAGUCAGUGCAGUGCUCGCUGGGGCCUCGCACCUUGCGCAGCUGCUCCCCUUGGGGCAGGACAGGUCGCAAGACACCCCUGCCAGCCUGGGGAGUCUAUACGCCUGUGAUUGGCCACAGGGGCUUGAUUGGGCUGCGAAAGGAUGGGGAAAAUGAAGAGAGGAAGGCGCUUUCCAGUCCUGCAGAGGCCAGCCACCAGCAGCAGCCACCACCAACGCCAGGGUCAGAAGAGGACAAGCAGGAGGAACUCCUGCAGCAUGAUGAAUUGGGACCAGCAGAUACCUCAAGUCCUCGGGAAAGACAGAACAAACAGGCACAGGGAGACGCUGCUGAUCCACUCAGGAAACCCAACUUCCAGUUUUUGGAACCAAAAUAUGGCUAUUUUCACUGUAAAGAUUGUAAGACGAGAUGGGAGAGUGCUUAUGUAUGGUGCAUUUCUGGAACUAAUAAAGUUUAUUUCAAACAACUCUGUUGCAAAUGCCAAAAGAGUUUUAACCCUUAUCGAGUAGAAGCAAUCCAAUGUCAGCUUGCUCAAGCUGUGCUACAGAACCGAAGCCCUCCAGGACUAGUUGUCUUCACACGGAUGCCGGUUGAAUACAACCACCUACUCCAAAACUAGAUUUAAAACGUACUGAGGAUGCCCAGAAUAACUGGCAACAUCAAACUAUUCCGGAAGACAGAGAACCUGAUUUUAAAAAAAAGAGUUGGAGAGAAUCACUUGAGGAUAAGCAGUGUUCUGAGGUCAAACAUUUGUUGAGUUUUGCUUUGGGAUGGAAGCCAAAUGGUAGCUCUAAUCAGCAAAAUAUUAUCUCCACCAACUCUGGACAUAAGAUCAGUAUUUAAGUGGAGUGACACCAUCAUUUCUCCUCAAGGCCCACCUUGAAGAUGACUUCGCAUCCUCUGAAGAGUGCACAAUCUGAAAUGCUUUUCCAGUAGUGGUGAUGUAAUUCCAAGGUAAUACCUUCUGCACCUAGACCAGGCAGCAGCCUCCUGUCUUCCCUAAUCCACUCUUGCCUGUUUCCAUAGUAGAGUGGGAGAACCAUCAUCUAAUCAUACCCACCUGUUAACACUUUUCCAUUGCGUGCCAUUGCUGCUAAGAUAAACACUCAAGUUUGGCAGGGUCUGGCUUCUGCUAGCUUGUCUAGACUCUUCUCAAAUUUUUCUCUAUGUCACUUUACGCCUCUCUCUUGAGCUCUCUUCAGUUCUUGCAAAGGUCUAGGUUCCCUCCUGCCUCGGGGCCUUUACACAGGCUCUCUACCCACUCCUCUUCACUCAGCUAACUCGACCUCAUGUUUGACAUCUUCGCUCAGAUGACACUUCCACGGAGAAGCCUUUCCCAGAACCAGCCUCCGCAUAUGAUCAGGUUCUCUUGCUAUCUUCUUUCAUAGCUUACUCUUCUUUCCUUUCCUUCCUGGCACUUAGAGCAGUUUAUACCUGUAUGGUUUUUUGAUCAAUGUCUGUCUCCCUGACAAGAUCAGAUGCUCCCCGAGGGCAGAGGCCCGUCUGUGGUUCACCGUUGUGUCCACCAUAUGGGCACACAGGAGGCACUCAGUACGUAACUGCAGAAUGAAUGAUUUUAAUCUGUGCAACUCUUCUGCCUGAUUUCCUGUACAAUGUGGCAUACAUUUACAAGCCAGCUGGUCUGAGGUGUGUACUUAAAGCAAUUGUAAAUGAGGAAAAAAAUAAUCUGUUUUAGAGCAAUUGCUGAAAGAUCAAUAAAGACUUUCUUCAUUGAAGGAA